AUGCAGCUACUGGCCGUACAGCGUUUACGCAUCUUUGGGUUAGAGCAUAUGCCUUACCCUGGGCUUGCGGGGCUUGCGGGGCUUGCGGCGGAGAUGAUAUGGAUAUCGGAGGAUGCGGCGGCCGGGGGAGGACCGGGUGCUCCCAGAGAAAGAGGUCGUGCUGGCAGAGGACAUCGUGCUGCCGGAGGAAGCCGUGCGCGUAGAGGCCGCGGUGCUGCUGCUAGAGGACCUGGUGGUGAAGGACACCAUCUGAUAGAUGAGGCGGAUGAGGCCGAUCCCAUUCCAGAGGGCGUUCACGGUCUAGUCCAUCCGCAGCCGUUCCAGGCCGGUGGCAGCUCACCUGGGGACUCACCUACGUUUACGCCGGCGCUCUUACUUGCUGAGAUACCCGGGUCGUCAUCACAGCCGAGCCAGAAUGCAUACAUGGAGGAGCGUGAUAACGUUGAUUGGGUGGCGUUACGUGCUUCAUUAGCUGAUGAGCGGCCUGUGAGGAAUUUAGAGGGAGCCAGGAUUCUUGACUUCAAUGAGUUUUUGAUCCCGGAUUCGGCGCCAGUGGGUCCACAGGACCGACCCAUUCAGGAGCAUUCUCAUCGACUGAGGCGAAAUGUUCACCCUUCGGCGCCUGAGGUGGCGACUCCCGACGAGGAAGAGGUCGAGUUUCCAGACCUAGCUCAGCCUGAAGUUCUGGCGUGCCAGCGGGACUAG